AAAACUGAAGUGUGCUGGGAAGCGGAAGUUCAAGUCAAACUGAGGGUUUUGUCGAAGGCGACAAUGGAGGAGGUAUCGAGCCUACCCAUAUCGGCGUCGCAAAGGGGAAAGCUAAUAUCCGCCGGCUACACUUCUAUAUCCUCCCUAUUCUCCGUCUCUUCCUUCGAUCUUGCUCGAGUUUUAAAAAUAUCAGAGAAUGAGGCACUUGCUAUUCUGGAAGUUGCAUCUCAGAGAGCGGGACUGGGAAGAACCAAUGGAAGUCAUGCCGUUGUCAGUGGAGCACAGAAUGCCUGGGAUAUGCUGUGUGAGGAGGAAUCACUUGGACGGAUCACAACAUGUUGUGCGGAUCUGGAUGAGAUCUUGGGUGGGGGAAUAAGUUGUCAAGAAGUUACUGAAAUUGGUGGAGUACCAGGAAUCGGUAAAACACAACUAGGGAUUCAACUUGCAGUGAAUGUCCAAAUACCAUCUGAUUAUGGUGGCCUUCAAGGAAAGGCAAUUUAUAUAGACACAGAAGGCAGCUUCAUGGUGGAGCGUGCUUUACAGAUUGCGGAAGCUUGUGUUGAGGACAUGCAAGAUUAUAGUGGCCUCUUACACAAGGAUAAGCAGGCCCAUCAAAUUAAAAUGCAGCCAAAAGAUUUCCUUAAUAAUAUAUUCUAUUUCCGCGUUUGUAGUUACACUGAGCAAAUUGCUGUCAUAAAUUACCUAGAGAAGUUUGUCUCAGAACAUAAAGAUGUUAAGUUGGUGGUUAUUGAUAGCAUUACUUUUCACUUUCGUCAAGAUUUUGUUAACAUGGCUCUUAGAACUCGGCUGCUUGGUGGGCUGGCCUUAAAGUUGAUGAAGCUUGCCAAGAAGUAUAGUUUGGCAGUUGUCUUAAUGAAUCAAGUAACCACCAAAUACUAUGAAGGUUCAUAUCAAUUGACUCUCGCCCUUGGUGAUAGCUGGUCACAUGCUUGUACUAACCGCAUCAUUCUUCACUGGAGUGGGAAUGAAAGAAAUGCACGCAUUGAUAAGUCGCCCUCUGUUCGAUCAGCAUCUGCUGCAUAUGCAGUGACGAGAAGAGGCAUCCGGAACUCAACUUCGAGCUGCAAACGAGUCAAGAUGAUGUAAGUAUUUGUCUGCCUAGUCUAGUGAGAAGAAAUUGUGCCCUUAUUCUGGUUGCUUUAAAUGGCCAUUAAAUUUUGGAGAAACCAUAUGAUUGAAUGCCAAUAUCUAUCUGUGCUUAUAGUC